UUCCCGAGAUGUAUUCCCCAUUCCCAAUCCCCUCCGUGCGCAUAUAUGCGCAUCGCGACUUCCUCCCCAUCCUGGUUUUGCAGCGACUUUUUGCCGGUCUUCUUCCUUGCGCUCGCUGCCUACAUCCACUCUCUCACCCACAUGGAUUCCUCCGCCGGCGGCGGCGGGACAGCCGCGGCGAGCCGGCCCGGUGGCUGGAGCUUGCCGGGAAGCUCCUCAGUUCCCGGCCGCGGCGGCGGCUCUGCUGCUGCUGCUGCUGCUGCUGCUCUGCCUCGCGAUUUUUGGUCGCGGCCAGGGUCGCCCCGCCGUGGGCCAUGGCGGCGCUGUGGUCUUGCCUGCGCGUGCGGCCGCUCGCCAGGACGCACGUCGCGGUGGGCUCCCUGCGUCCGCUCGCGGUGAGGCUUCUGCCAAGUGCGUCGGUGCCCGGGCAGCGCGUCGAGCACUUCCUCGUGCAGGAGCAGACGGAUUGCUUCUGCUGCUGCUGUCGACUCCUACCUCAACGCGCACCGCGAGUUCAAGUUCGAGCUGGAGAGCAUCAAGGCCAAGUACCUGGAGUUGCAGCACGAGAUGGACGCGCUCCAGAAGCAGGUGGAGCGCGGCGCGCCGUCGCCCGCGGCGGGGGCCAAGGCCGGCGCCCCAGCGACGCCGGCGGCAAGAACCAGGGACCCUCGGCGUGGAGGAGUGGGAGGAGGAAGCUGCCACAUCUUCUUAUUUUGAGAGUAAAAAUAAAGAACUGUUGGAGAUGAACUUUUUGGGAGUUGCCAAAUAAUAAAAUUUAGAGAGAAAAUAUUAGGAACUCUUGGAGAUGCUUUAAUAUAACCUGUUGGAUCUAUCACAA